AUGUUCAAUUAUUUUUUUUUCACAUUAACAACUUCCAUUCAUAUUUUGUUGGUGACUACAAUUCGACUUGUACAUAGUAAAGAACAACAAGAACAUUAUCCAUUACAAUCUCAAAUUGGAAAUACCAUUCCUAAUUCAUAUGUCAUUGAAUUCGACCGACCUAUCAAUCAUUUCGCAUCAAAAAGACAUUUGUUGAAUAAAAGAAGCCUAUUUUACGAGCAACUGAAAUACUAUAAUAUCAGCUACGACAUACGGCACGAAUAUGAAUUGAUAAAUGCUGUAUCUUUGACAUUCAAAACGCCAAAGGACGCUUCUAACUUUUUUGACAAAGCAUUAGGCGUAAAAAAAGCAUGGCCAGUGGCGACAGUUACAAAGCCUAAGGUGUUUCAUGCCGUCAGCGAAGAGAAAGAUACCAAAAUAUCCUCGUUAUUUGAAUUUUAUAAUCAAACUGGCAUUAAUCAAAUUAGAAAUGAGCUGGGUAUUACAGGCAGAGGAGUCAAAGUAGGCAUUAUCGAUACUGGCGUGGAUUAUACUCAUCCUGCGCUUGGAGGCUGCUUCGGCCCUAAUUGUCGUGUUGCAUAUGGUUAUGAUUUUGUAGGCAAUGAGUAUAAUGGUGGAAACUUACCUGUUCCAGAUAAUGAUCCUAACGACAGUUGCAACGGCCAUGGUACUCAUGUAGCAGGUAUUAUAGGCGCAAAUGACACGAUUAUGGGAUUUAAGGGCAUUGCACCUGAUGCGAUCCUCGGCGCUUAUCGUAUUUUUGGGUGUACUGGUGGUAGUUCAGAUGAUAUCAUAAUGAAGGCAAUGGAGAAGGCAUAUCAAGAUGGUAUGGACGUCAUCAAUUUAUCUUUGGGCGAUAUCGGCUGGCCGGAAUCACCUGUAUCGUUACUAGCAGAUGAAUUAGCAACUAAAGGCAUGUUGGUAUGUGCAGCAGCUGGUAAUGAUGGCGAAAAGGGCAUGUUCGAAGUCGGGGCUCCAUCACUUGGUCAUCAUGCCCUAUCAAUUGCUAGCGUAGACAAUAAAAAAAUGCUUUCACAUACGAUGAACGUGGGCAAACUGACCAUUGGAUAUACUACGGAAGGAGGAACUUCAUUUAAUGUCACUUCAGCUCCUAUUAUUUUUGCUUCUGAUUAUUUUGAACCGGACAGCGAUGGAUGUGGGCCCCUUUCAAUAGAUGCUUUUAACAAAGUGGUCAUUAUCAGCCGGGGCGAUUGUACAUUUACUCAGAAGAUUAUCAAUGCUCAAAAUGCCGGCGCAGUAGCCGUUAUCGUAUACAACAAUCAACCCGGAACCCUGACACCUUCUGUCAGUGGCGAAGAUGUUCGCAUUGACUAUGGUGGUAUCUCCAAAGAUGAUGCUUACAGGCUCUAUCGUUAUUUGAAUCACAAAGCUUCAGCUAAUUCGGAAAUGAAGGCUAAUUUUCAGAAAGAGGACCAAAGUCUCGCUGUCCCUACUGCUGGCUAUAUUAGCUCUUUUAGUUCUUGGGGGUUAGGUCCUGAUCUCAGUAUGAAACCUGAUUUAAGUGCUCCUGGAGGCCAUAUCUAUUCAACCUUCCCAGUAGCGCUUGGCAGUUACUCAACUCUUAGUGGAACCAGUAUGGCUAGCCCCUUUGUUGCUGGCAUUGUUGCUUUGCUCCAAGAAGCUAAAGGUGGAAACCGAGCUAUUAGUGCUACUGAAAUCCGUACAAUGCUGAUCAAUAACGGCCACCCUUUCAAAAUGUAUAAUAGUACUGAAGAAUUUGAAUCAGUAGCAAGGCAAGGUUCUGGACUUAUUGAUGCUUAUCAUGCCAUUACCUCAGAUACUCAUGUCUUCCCCGAACAAUUACGAUUGAAUGAUAUUCAACACAGUGCCAAAGACUUCAAAUACUCACUAACUAUCCGCAACAACGGUCGGCUAGCUGCCGAAUACACUAUCGCCCAUAUCACAGCUGCUACUGCACAAGGUUUUCCUUCAAAUACAAUGUCUCUUUCUUCCGUUGUCAAAUACGAGGAUCACAACACUUCGCAAGCGUUGUAUCCUUUAAAAACACCUAUUCUAUUAACCGAAAAAGGUGCUAAAGCUAUUGUGGAGAUAUAUAAUCCUUCAAUUCAAGUGGUUGCCAAUGGUGAAGCCAAUAUCACUGUCCGUAUAGCGCCGCCAGACGACCAUCUCAAAAUGGCCCCUUCUAUUUACUCAGGAUUUAUAACAAUUACGAAGAAGAACGAGCGCGACGAUGUGAAAUAUAUUCCUUAUGCAGGCUUUACGAGUAAUUUUAAGGACCUUCCAGUACUUUAUAUGAAUGCCACUAUGCCCCGAAUUCUCAUGCAGCGUGUCACGGCUUUCACACCCACUGUUCUCUUAUUCCAAAUCGCUGAAGCUUCUCCUUUAGUGAUGAUAUCUGCUGUAAAUGCUGACAAUACAAGUCAAACGUAUGGCUAUAUCCCAGGGGGUUAUGCUGCUUUUGUAGGGAGGAGUAAUAUCGAAGAUCAUCGAGAUAUUUUUGCUAUAACAUGGUUCGGUAAUGUUGCAAACACACCUGAACAAGCUUCGCUGAGGCCAUUUUUGCAACGUCAGCCAAAAACAUUUUACAGUAAGAGAGUAUUGAACACUACAGAUACGGGUGAUAUUCUAGAUGGUGAUAUAAUUAUAGACGAAAGCUCCCUCCCAACUCUGGAGGAUAUGGAUGAUCUUCAUAUGGCGAGAGUUGGUAAACGAUUGCCUGCUGGUAACUAUAAAUUGAAAAUAGCAGCAUUAAGGCCUUUUGGUGAUAGAGACAACGAACAAGAUUACGAUAUUUGGUAUUCGCCGAAUAUCAUACUAGAAUAA